AUGUCUCCAAACCUUAUCAAAGGUACUAUUCUUAUCAGAGGAUAUGAAUUUGACGCCAUGUUUGAUUCUGGAGCUACCCACUCCUUCAUAUCAGAAUUUGUUUCUAAUGGAUUACAUUUGCCCAUUCAUGAGUUCACGCCUCCCAUGGUAGUGAAGACUACCACCAGAGACAUUGUUUCUACUUCUUUGAAGUGCAAAGAAGUCAGAUUCAUAUAUGAGCAAGAAGAGUAUAUGGUGGAUUUGAUAGUGCUUGAGGGCAUGAAUCUACACAUUAUCUUGGGUAUGGAUUGGCUGGUCCGAUAUGGUGUGAUGCUAGAUUGUUGUAGCAUAAGAGUUUUCUUUGCUGCAAAAGGAGAAAAGCCGGACAAUUUGUACUUGACAGCACCGCAGUUAAAUAAGGCUCUAGAUGAGGGAGAUGCAGGAUACAUUAUCCUGGGAGGACUCGUAAGAGACUCCAAAGAACCUACUGCUAAUAUUCCGGUUGUAUGCGAGUUUGAAGACGUAUUUCCAGAAGAAAUUCCUCAUUUUCCACCUGAGAGGGAGAUUGAAUUCUCAAUUGACUUAGUACCUGGUGUGGGGCUUAUCUCAUUGGCUCCAUACCGGAUGUCACCAGUGGAGCUAGCUAAGCUGAAGAAGCAGUUAGAAUAA